AUGAUCUUUGAAUUAUUGUUAUUAUUAUUUAUUUCUAUUCCAAAAAAUAUAUUUGGAAUAUAUUGUAUUUAUUCGGAAGAAUCAUUUCAAUGGUCAUUCGACGAAUUUGAUUAUGAUAAAUUAAAAGAUAAAAUCGAUCAUUUUCCAGUAUAUGAUUAUAAUGAUGAUAAUAUUGAUAUGUGUAGAGUUGAAAUCUAUAUUGAUUAUCAAUAUAGAUCAAUUUUAAUUAGUUUUGGAGAUUCAUUUCAAUGGAGUCAACUUGAUAAUGGUGAAGCACGUUUAGAUUUUUUAAUUAUAUUUAAUAAUAAUAAUAUUCAAGUUGAAUAUUAUAAUGUAUUAGAAUAUGCUUGUUAUGAUAAAGAUCAAUGUAAUAAAUUAUUUGUUUAUCAUCAUAUUAAUUGGCUUAAACAAAUUGAUUAUACACUAUUUCAAACACAUUUAAGAUCAAUACUUUUUUAUAACUCAAAUCAAACAGAAUAUUGUUUUAUUGACAAAGUUAAAUUAUUAAAAUGUGAAACAAAUAUUUGUUCUGGAAAAUAUUCAAGUUAUCAUAAAAAUUAUUUAUUUGAAUGUCAUGAAAAUUCUGAAUCAUUAGUUGAAGUUCAUAUAACAACUGAUAUGAAAUUAAUUGAAGAAAAUAUAUUAAAUAAAAAUAAAAUUUAUAUAUUAGAACAUAAAAUAAUUCGAUAUACUUGUAUGUUUAAUAAAUGUAAUGAUCAAUAUUUAACUGAUAAAUUAAUUAAUAUUGUUGAAGAAUAUUUUCAAUUAUCAUUAAUGAGAGAUGCUUUUUUUAAUUAUUCUUUUAUCAAUAAACAAGAAUUUUAUUUAUUUCAUUAUUCGAAUUUAUCUUAUCAAACAACAUCGAAUACAGAUAAAAGAGAAUAUUUACCAUCAAUAUCAAUCAUAAAUGAUUAUUUAUUUAAUAAUUUAUCGAAUAAUAAAUCUCAUUUAUCAAUAUUUAUUAUAUUAACAUUAUUAUAUUUAAAUAUAAUCGAUCAUUUAUUUAAACAAAUCUAA